AUGGCUUUCAAGAAGUCUCUCUUUGUUGCUGCCACCAUGGCUAUGGCCGUCUUUGGUGCUGCUCUUCAAGGUCACGAUGAGUGCGCCAACAUCGAGCCAAGCGAGGAGCUUCGUGCUGCCGCCGCAGAAAUGGCUGCUCACGAGGCCGAAGCGGCCAAGAAGCCCAACAACGCGAAGCCCGCUGCCGACGUCAACGUGCCAGUGUACAUCCACGUCAUUGCCACUUCCAACUCCAAGGCUGACGGCUACCUCUCUGAUGCCGAUGUUCGCUCCACCAUCAGCGGCAUGAACGGUGACUACCGAGGCCGCGGCUUCCAGUUCACCGUCAAGGCCAUUGACCACAACAUCAACGCUCGCUGGGCCAGCGACCAGGACGAGAUGGUCAUGAAGAAGAAGCUUCACAAGGGCGACUACAAGACCCUCAACCUCUACUUCCUGCCCAAGAUGUCGGCCAAUGGCUACUGCUACUACCCGACCAACGUCAGCUCAGGCUCAGACGAGUUCUACCGCGACGGCUGCACCAUUCGCAGUGACGUCUACAACAACGGCCAGACCACCACCCACGAGGUCGGCCACUGGCUUGGUCUCUUCCACACGUUCCAGGGCGGCUGCGACGCUGUCAACGACAUGGUCGAUGACACUCCCGCUCUGAUCAACAGCUGGAGCUGCAACCAGAACGACGAUUCUUGCCCCGGCAUGCCCGGCAAGGACCCCGUCACCAACUUCAUGAGCUACGGUACUUGCCGUAGCGUGUUCACCGCUGGCCAGACUGCCCGCACGAAGAGCAUGUAUAACAAGUUCCGUGCUUAA